AGAGAGAGAGUGAGAGAGAGAGAGAGUGUGUGUCGUCCCAAACGUCGGAACAGUGCGCGUGUGGCGUGGCAAUGGGGUCUCGCGCAUAAACCCCUAAAAAAACAAACAAAAAAAAACAACCAUAACAGCCAGGAGCGCGCGCGGCGUGUCCGUGGGUUACUGCGCGAGGAGCCGAGGCGGGGCGUUAUUACAACCGACCCCCUUUCCCCCGUUUCUCUCUCUAUCUCUACUGGGGUCCAAGUUCAAAGUUUGUACGUGUUUUCUUUUUUUCUUCCUCCGCUGUACGUACCGGAAAGCAGGCGCGCGCUCUGUUUUAUUUGAUCGCACGCGGAUAAGAUCGGUCUGACGCGUCUCCGCGUUUCUUCUCCUCCACGCCUCGGUGUGUGCUCGCGCUGGCGGCAACUUCUCGCCAUAGGAAUGAGAUAAACGCACGCGCACAUCCAUACAUACACAUGAACACACGCGUUUGCGAAAAAAAAGAAAAGAGGAAAGUUCCGGGGAAGCGGAGUGGAGAGAGUAACGAGCAAGCGCGAGGAGGAGACAGAAGAAGAAACACACACACACACACACACACACACACACACACGGGAUAAAGAGAAAGUUGCACGGUCCGGAACUGAAGUGGAUUAAAGUGGAGCCACGAGACAUCAACAACAACGAGACCGCAAACAAAAGCGCUGCACAAGAUUGCUAACGAUAAACAAACAAGAACAACAACAAUAAUAACCCCGCUCGAGCGUGCGCGCGCGUCCCUACUGCGCUUUCCGUCUUCUUUUUAUUACCUGGCACGCGCUGAAUAGUAUCCUAACUUUACUAUCCUAAACACGAGGAACUUUUACAUUGUCUCACAGUACCGUGUGUGUGUGUGUUACAUUAAUGCACGUGCACGCGGGAAAGAAAGAGAGGAAACAAAACGCUUGACGGAAACGAGAGGAGGAAAAAAAACACGGUCACGGAACCUCGGUGAGGAAGAGGAGCACACACUGAUGUGAAGAAGGAAUGCAAAAGAACUCGGUGAUGGAGUCCACAGUAAGCACGUCCACGCAGGUGCCCGAUGAAUACGACCGGAACGUUCCGCGGAUCUGCGGUGUGUGUGGAGACAAAGCUACCGGCUUCCACUUUAAUGCCAUGACCUGUGAGGGCUGCAAGGGCUUCUUCAGACGCAGUAUGAAGCGCAAGGCCAGUUUUACGUGCCCUUUCAGCGGGAGCUGCAGCAUCACUAAAGACAACCGGCGUCACUGCCAGGCCUGCAGACUCAAACGCUGUCUGGAUAUUGGCAUGAUGAAGGAGUUUAUCCUGACCGACGAGGAGGUGCGGAGGAAGAAAGAUCUGAUCCAGAAGAGGAAGGACGAGGAGGCGCAGAAAGAAGCUCAGAAGCCCCGUCUCUCUGAGGAGCAGAGCGCCAUCAUCUCCAUGCUGGUGGAGGCGCAUCACAAAACCUACGACGACUCGUACUCCGACUUCUCCCGCUUCCGACCUCCAGUGAGACAGGGUCCUGUUACACGCAGUGCCAGUCGUGCUGCUUCUCUACACUCACUGUCCGACACUUCCUCCGACUCCUUCCGCCACUCUCCUGAUUCGGCGGAUGGGAAGCUCAACCUGAGCAGUAUGUUGAUGAUGUAUCAGGGGCAGGGUUCUAGUCCUGACUCUAAGGAGGGAGAUAGUUCCCGCUUGUCCAUGCUGCCUCACCUGGCCGAUCUGGUCAGCUACAGCAUCCAGAAGGUCAUCGGAUUUGCCAAGAUGAUCCCCGGAUUCAGAGAGUUAACAGCGGAGGAUCAGAUCGCUCUGCUGAAGUCUAGUGCCAUUGAGGUGAUCAUGCUGAGGUCCAAUCAGUCCUUCAGUCUGGAGGAUAUGAGCUGGUGCUGCGGAGGGCCCGAGUUCAAGUACUGCAUCAAUGAUGUCACUAAAGCUGGCCACACUCUGGAGCUGCUGGAGCCGCUGGUGAAGUUCCAGGUAGGGUUGAAAAAUCUGAAUCUGCACGAGGAGGAACACGUGCUGCUGAUGGCCAUCUGCCUGCUGUCCCCUGACCGCCCCGGCGUGCAGGAUCACGAGCGUGUGGAGACUCUACAGGAGCGUGUCUCCGAGGUCCUCCAGGCGUACAUCCGAGUCCACCACCGCGGACGUCUGCAUUACGCCAAGAUGAUCCAGAAGCUGGCGGAGCUGCGCAGCCUGAGCGAGGAACACUCGAAGCAGUACCGCACGUUGUCCUUCCAGCCCGAGCACAGCAUGCAGCUCACGCCACUCGUCCUCGAGGUGUUCGGCGGACAGGUCACCUAGAGGUCAGAGGGAGCGUGUAGGGCGUGGAUGCAUGGACAAUCACCCUGAGACACACACACACAGAGCCUGGGGAGUGACGUGUGUGUGUGUGUGUGUGUGUGUGUGUGUGUGUGUGUGUGUGUGUGUGUGUGCUUGUGGAUUCUAGAUCAGAAGGGUGUUUUUAGCGCCAUCACAGUGUGCAGCGCAAAGCUUUUAUUCCAUUAACGUUAACAUACAGUACUACACUACAGGUGUAGCUGUGUGUGUGUGUGUGUGUGUGUGUGUGUGUGUGUGUGUGUGUGUGUGUGUGUGUGUGUUUUCUAGCUUUGCUUGGUCCACUACUGCUGUCUCUUUUCACCUCCUACCUUUAAAGUCCACACAGUCCAGCCACUCGACCAAUCACCAGCUCUGAUUGGCUGCUGGAUGGAAAAAGCACAAAAUCAGGUUUGUGCAUAAUGCAUAAAUUAUUAUUUAUUUAAAAAAAGAAAAGAAAAAAAAGUAAACAUCUGUAGUAUCGAUAACAGUGUCCAGUUUAUGUUUUAGAAAUUGCAGAAAAAAAUGUCAUUUACCUCACUGAAAUAUUUAGAAUUCAUUUGAAUAUUUUCAUUUGAAUAUUAAUGAGUCUGUAAUUAUACUACAUUACUCUAACACUGCAGAUUCCUUUUCUAUAAGAAUCCACCUUUAUACUGGAAUAAUAUUAAACUAGUGAUAGCAUAGAUUCGUGUUCACUAUGUGUGCCCACUACAUAACGUAUUAUAAUCAGGUGAUAUACGUCACGUAGAACAUCAUAAAGAUACGAAAAAACAUUUAAAUAUGCAAAUUAUAUUGUAAUAAUGGACACCUUUUAUUUAGAUCAAACAACACACGAGUCAUUUAGUCAAAUUUAGUAAAUGACUCCGAGUCAUUUAGUCAGAUUUACCUUCAGAUUUAUCUACACGUUAUGAAAGUUUGUGUUGUUGGUUUUUUUUAAUGAUGGAUAUUAAUAUUUUCAAACAUUUUUUAAAACAAGAUACUCACGAUGCCUAAAGAAUUGAUUUCUGAUCACACUUUUGACUCGCUGAAUCAAAUGCAAUAGGAUCAAGAAGUCUUCCGGUUUUCUUUUUGUUUUUCACCUCACAGUAUUUACGUUAGCUAGCGUAGUAUAGUCUCUACUACGUUACUCUCGCAUUCAGGGUUUUUUUUGUUUUGUUUUUUUAUUCAUUAAAAUCCAAAAUGACUUCUUGUUCACUGUGUGUCUACUACAUAGAGUAUAACCGGGUGGUGUACCAUCUAGAGCAUACCAAAUUCAUUCAUAAAUACAUAUGGUCAUAAAUCUUGUAAUGAUUUAGCGCCUCUCCUGUAUCAAACAGCACACGAGUCGUUUAGUCGAAUUGAGUAAAUGAUUCAGAGUCAUUUAAUCAGAUUUAUUUUCAGAUAUUUGCAUAAUAUAAACAUUUGGGAUUUUUUUAAUGAGAAAAAUGUUUUAAAAUCAGUAAGUCAUAAAUUAUAUUUAAAAAAAAAAAAGUAUAAAAACAUAAUGCAUAAUCAAGAUGCUUGAGGAAUCGAUUUCUAAUAAAGUGAACCAAAUCUGAGUAAAUGACUCUGUGGGUGUUUUUUGUUUUGUUUGUUUGUUUUUAAUGAUUGAUAAAUUUAUGUGUUUUAAAAGCAGUAAUUGAUCGUGGACAAACCAUCAUUCAUAAUCAGGAUGCUUUAUGACUCUUUAUGACUCACUGAAUCAAAUCUCACUAAAUGACUCGGUCAUUUAGUCAGAUUUAGCUUCAAACGUUCAAAAAUAUUAUGGGAAUUUCUAUUUCUGUGAUGUAUAUACACGAUAGUGCAUUUUAAAAGCAGAAAGCCAUAGUGGAAAAACACAGUCUAUAGUUCAGAUGCCUGAAGAAUCGAUUUCUGAUUGCGUUAUAACUCACUGAAUCAAAUCAGGAAUCGGGUCUCUAGAAAAUUUCCGAUUUCUUUGCUCUGUUUUUUGCGGCGUGUAGAGAGUGAGUGAUGUAAUGAGGUCUGUGUGGACUGCUACGUGCUUCGUCAGCGUUUAUCGCUGAGCUUAAAAGCGUGUAAAUAUGACUAUAUAUCCUUUAAAGCAGUAUUCUUAGAACCUACACGUAUAAUCUUACCUCUGACCUGCGAUGUGUAUGUAGAACCAAGUUCCUCUUUAAGCUGAAUUUAAGGUCUGAUCGGCGUCUGACCUCUCGGGGGUUUUAAGGUCUAAUUGUUGUUUCCUUAAUAACGCUGUUGUAGGUGACAGUGACGUGUUCAAGCUUUGGAACAAUGAUGUAGCGUCAUGCUUCAGAACGCAUGCUUCGUUCCCCUGAUCGCCGCCGUUGAUUCGCUCAUUGUUGCUGUAGAAUCUCCUGACAAACGUGGAGAACAUCGCCUUGAGGCUGCUUGGGAAAAUUCUUCUCCAGAGUUAAAUCUCUCGCCAGUGGAUCCGCCGUGUGUGUGUGUGUGUGUGAGUGAGUAUGAUACGUUAGAAUGUAGAGGUAUUUAUCUCAUUUAGAUUGGACAUCUAAGGGCAGAUGUUGGCAACAUCAGUUCGUUGUGUUAGUUAAAUCUUACCAUGGCAACGACUUUUGACAAAAUUUGUCAAAAUCAUGAUAGCUAGCUAAAUGUUACCAUGCGAACAGUCUUCAGCAACCUACAAACCUGUCAAAUAGCAAUUUGGCUAACAUUGGCUAGUUAAAUAUUACUAUGGUGACAUCAUCUGAUAAUCUAUAAACGUGUCAAAUAAUGAUACGUUAACUAGCUAGCUAAAUGUUACCAUGGGAACGACUUCUGUCAAAUGUGUCAGAUUUAGUUUGUUAUUCGAUAAACCUUUGCCAAAAUUUUUGCUUUAUUUUUCCCCAUGAUCUUAUUUGAUUAAAAUACUAGCUAGCUAACUCUAAAUAACCUCAACGACAUUUAUUGCCAACUAGCAUACUGACCUGUCAGAUCAUUUAGCAUGAGCUGGCUAAAUGUAACCAUGGGAACAGUGUAUGAUACCAUCAGACUCCUGUACUUCGGCUGUCUGAAUAUAACCACGGGAACGACUUGUUGUAAAUAACACCUGUAAGGCCAUGUUAUGCGUUAUAGCUAGCUCAAUGUAAACAUGGGAGCGGAUUUUGUUCAUCCAAAAAAUGCAUUUUAACUGUUAUGUUAGCUCGUUAAAUGUAACAAUUUAAGGAACGACAUUUAUUAAUCCAUGAACUAUACCAGUUGUGCUGCGUUAGCUAGCUAAAUGUACUGUAGCUAAAUGGAAACGACUUUCGCUAGUCCAUCAAAUACUCCGAUUUCGACUGAUACCAUGGGAACUAUCUACGCCGAUAUACGAUCCUGUCAGAUGGCGGUAUAAUAUUAGUUAGCUAGCUAUAUGUAACCAUGGAAAUACUUUACGCUAGUUUACAAACCUGUCAGGUCGCAUUAUACUCUUAUCUUAGCUAGUUCAGCGUAACCAUGGCAACACUUCUGGCUCAUUUAACCUCCGCCAGCAAGACGUACAAAAAUGCUUUAUCAAUAUUUCAAUUUACAGCGUAAACGUGACGAAAAAAAAGAGCCACACUGUUAACACAAGAGAUUAUAGUAAUGUUUUAUGUUUUAAAAAUAGCAUCUGCCCCUUGACUUGUAUUAUAAGUCUUUAAAUUCCUGUCCAUAUUUUACACACACGCACACACACACACACACACAAGACACAGUGGAGUGAGAUUAGUGUGAUGAGUGAAAACGCCAGAGUUUUCAGAAGCCUUUAACAGGCUUUUAAAGGAUUUGCUGCUCUCCGAUUGGUUAAAUGAAGCUGUGUAACGUUAUUGCGUCUCGUAUCGCCAUUUCUAUCCUGUUUUUGUUCUAGAAUGUUAUAAAGCUGUUAUAAUAAGCUGCUUCCUGGGUUAACGUGUACACCUGUUAUUUCUAAGUCGCGUCGCUAGUAAACGAGGUGGUUAACGAGGACGGCCUCGGACGAGGCGAUCGAGGAUCUGUGACGCGUUCAGAGGCGGAGUUUAUUCUCCAGUUCGUCUGUUUAUGGCUCGCAGACUUGUUCGUGUUCCAUCGCCCACUUCCGGAGGACGUCUUGUGGUUCCGUAGGGGUGUGUGGGUGAGAUGGAAAGAGGGUGUGGUUGGGUCACCGUGGUGAUGGCAGGCUGAAGCUGCUCGGCCGUCUAGGCUCAGGGUCGAUGGCAGAAUGUUUCAUCGCUUUUUUAUUAAAAACAUAUAUUAAGAUGGUUCAACGCAUAAGGAAAACUAAGACUACCUGGAGACUGUGUGUGGGUGGGUGAGUGUGUGUGUGUGUGUGUGGAGGGGGGCGGGGGGGGAUAGCAAGACUUUUAAGCACUUAUGUAUUCACUAUGUAUAUUGAUAUUUCUAUUUGGGCGUGACAGACUAGGGUGUGUGUGUGUGUGUGUGUGUGUUAAUGAUAAAGAACGGUAUUUUAAAACCCAGUCCAGAGUUAUUUGCAAAAUAUAAUUUAGUCCAGGCACUUACAAAAUUGAACGUUCAAAUUCUGAUCCAUGAAUGUCGGUUUAAAUUAAUGAGCUUUUACUUGUAUUAUUAUUAUUAUUAUUAUUAUUAAUAAUAAUAUUAUUAAUAUUAUUUUAAAAAAUAUACUCCUCAUUUAUUCAUAUUUCAGUCAUAUUUAAAUGUAGGGCUGCACAGAUCGUUAUAUUGUAAGAUUUAUUAAAGAUAAUUGAUGGUGAUGUCAGUGAGAGAACUGUCUAAUCUGUUCAUAAGGACUCUGGUGCGUUGAUGCUACGUUCACUGGCUCCUCAAUUCUUUGUGAUUCGAUGAAGUUUUGUUUUGCGUUCGGAAAGCCGGAUCUGUUUUCUGUUUUAGUAUCUUUCUACAAAAAAAAACCUAACAAAAAAGAAGUAGCAAAAAAAAGUAAAAAAUUUCUGUAUAAUGAUCUAAUCUUGAAGUCUAAUCGUAUCUGUAGCCUAAUCGGUGACGAUUUAAGGACAGUUUUCUGUAAAAAAUGAAAGAAUUAUCGACUGUUAAACAGUGAAACCAUUUUUUUUCUCCACCAAUUUGAAAACUUGUAUAAGUGACACGCUCAUGAUUAUUUUUGAUGUUUUUGUUUGUAAUUAAAAUCUAAACUGACGCUCCAGCUCGAUCGUUAACUCAGAAACUUUACGCUAAUUCUUGAACGCAGCAUUAAUCACAAGUUCCCCAGUUUAUUUGAACAUGUUUAACGUAUUUAUCAUAUUGGCCAAUCACAGCGCGCUCUGCAGACACCAGGCACUUUCAUUGGUCUACAUGAACGAUACUAAAGAUCUGAUCAGAGUUGGAAACGUGUAAGUCGGAAUUGUUUAUGCGUGAUUUUGCUUUGAAAUUGAACGGAGAUACAUUUGUGAGUAAGGCUUUAAAAGCGUGCAACUUAUCUUUUUAAAACAGCAUUUUAUAUUAAAUGAAUGCAUUUGAGAACGUAAACAGGGUCACACGGCCGGAGCACCGCAGCACAGAUUUGAUUGGUCCCCGUUUCAGCCAAUCAGCAGUCAGGAAAAGGGUUUGUUCCUAAAUCGAAUCUGAACCGUGUCUGGGACGGUGCUACGUAGAACCUUUUUAUGGUUCACAUGCGACAAAGUGAAGAAUCCUUUAGGAAAUCUUUAUGGAAGAGUUUAUAUAUUUUUAAUUCUUUUUUUUUAAUCGAAUGCUACAUUAGACAGUUUUUCGCAGAAAUGAAAUGUGAUGCAAUAAUCAUAAGAACUGAAUGGGUCAGGACCGUGUUCUCCACACUUUUUUUUCCCUAAGAGCAUAGAAUGUGAGUGAAAAAGGCAAAUUAUCUGUCCGUUUAAAAUUAUAAUUUUAAAUUAAAUGUGCAGUAGAAUUGUGGUUAAAUUGGAGGAAUAAUUAUUGAUCAGUAAUCAGAGUUAAGCCUUUACUGUGCAGCCCUCGCUAUAGCCCGGGUGUGUGUGUGUGUGUGUGUGUGUGUGUGUGUGUGUGUGUGUUUAGAGGACUAGUAUAUUAAUAAUCGCUCCCUUUUAUCUAACAGACAUUAAAGGAAGAGUCCAGUGUUUUUUUAUGAUCAUGUUUGUAGUGAAAUGUGUAGAAAUUAUGUCUAAUCUCUCUCUCUCACACCAACACACACACAUACACACACACACACACACACACACACAACAGAUAUGGCAGAGAGAGAGGGAUUAGGAUUAAAAGAAAAAAUCUCUGGAACGUUCCUUUAACUCAUUUUUCUUUAUUGUCUAAAAGCUGCUCAUUUCUCUGUGUGUAGUUUCAUGUUUUUCACUUCAACUGGAAAACUUUCAGUCAAACAUCAGCAGGAAUCUUUUCUUCUUUCUUUCUUUUUUUUUUUUUUACAGUGAAUGUUCAGUUUUUAUUAUUUUUAACAUUCCCUUGUUUGGGGUUUUUCAAUGAAAAAAACCCACAAACAAACAAACAACACUACACCAGCAUUCGCUCAUAAACAACAGGCUACUACGCAAAAUGUAUAAUGAUGAUGAUGAUGAUGAUGGAAAUGAGGACGGUUUUUGAUAUUGCUGUUGGUCUAUUUUUUUUCUUUUUUUGGGAGUCCAAAGUGUAACCAUGACAAACUACCUCACUCGGCUACAGACGCAUGUGAUUUUCUUUGUAUUUUUUUACGAUUGGUGUUUGUAUUUAUUGCCGUGCCGUGGCUCUCACACAGGCGACUCGAGUACCUCAGUACCUCUUUAAUGUGUUUCCCACAGCGCAGCAGACUCACCUUAUCACAGCAUUACAGCUUUUAUUGUAUUAUUGUUAUAUUUCUCUACCUGUUUUUUCUUUUUCCUUUUUUUUUUUUUUUUUUAAAUCUUAAGCGUUCUCUCCAGUCACAUGUUAGAACUACAAACGUGUGGGUCAAAGAUGAAAAUAUAGGCUGUUUUUUGUUUUGAUUUUUAAAUUGAAUGCUUUUUAUUUUAAAUAUAUAUAUAUAUAUAUAUAUCAGUGUUAAUCAGGAGAAUAAUAAAUAAAAAUAAAAGCUGAAAGCAGCAUUUUCGGGGGCCAAGCACCCACACUCGGUGAGCCAUGCUACACUUGUUGCAUAAGCAAUCACAGGAAAGCAGAGCUGUAACUGUAGGCAAAAGGAUUCAAGAGUGAUUUGCAGUUCGAUGCAUUUUCCACUUGGUUAUGGUUGUAGCAAAGAUAGUACUUAGAUGGAAGCAUUUUAGCAUGUUAUUGUAACUUUUGACCAGUACGUGGUGCUGUUAUGAAGUUUCUUGCAUAGACUCAGUGUAUGGUCCUGAAGUUGCCUACCAAGUUUGGUGUUCGUGCGCAAAGUGGUUGCUGAGAUACAGCCUCACUUCCUGUUCGUUGGCCCAUUACGGGCAAACCGUUCGGACUAUUACAAAUUCUUUUGAUAGCUUUUGUGAGGAUUACUCUGAAGAUGAUGUGCGCCAAAUUUGGUGAUGAUUGGACAAAAUUUGUAGGAGGCGUAGCAAAAAAACCCAUUUUGGACCGAAUCCAAGAUGGCAGAAAAUGUAAUUAGGCAUAAAUUGAGGUCAUGGGGUGCGUUGAACUCGUCUCGACCCAGAGAAUCCAGGGCUUUUUAAUUUUGGACACAUGGUUCAAAAGUUAUGACCAUAAAUGUACUUCCAAGGUAGGCCUUAAUUUGACCCGAUGGUGGCGCUAGAGCUUUGGCAUUUUGCCCAUAUUUGGUCAAUAUGUUCCUUAGACCCUCCCCAAUCAGUGUGCCAAAUUUCACAACUUUUUACCAGAUGGUUCUAUGGUCUGCUGUAGACAAACUAGUCAAAAGAAGAAGAAGAAAAGGUAGAAUUACAAUAAGGUUAUAUUCGGUGCUUGGCCCCCUAAUGAUACAUUUUAAAUAUUACAAAUUAAUCUUGGUGAAUAUUUAAUUUUUCAUUAUUUGUGGCUCAUUGUUAAAAUUGAUGUUUAUUAUUCUUUAAUUGUUGAAUUUUUUUACAUAUAUAUUUGUGUGUACAAAGUACAAAUGUAUUUUAGUUAAAAAGUUUUUUGUUUGUUUUGUUUUUUGUCUUUGACCCACACAUACAUGCGCGCGCGCACACACACACACAGAGAAAGCUGUAGUGGGUGUGGUCACUCCUGUGACUGACAGUGUUCAGUAGCUGCUGGGAUUGGUUGGCCCCUCCUCAGGCCCCGCCCCCUCUCAAUUCUGACUGUAAGUUGGAUGUGUUGCUGCUUUACAGAAACAUUUACAAGAAAACAAACACACAAUCACACACACAAACCCGAUCACCUCACGAGUCGCACUCAUUUCCCCUUUUUAGCCGUGAUUCUGUCAUCGAUCGUUCACUGAGAAACUCAUCCAAUAUCAACAUAAACACCUCAGUCUGUCCUGUCUUUACAUUUAUACUGGACACACACACACACACACACACACACACACAUUCAUAUUCAUACACACAGCUGCUAACGUGUCAGUGCCUCAGAUCAGAUCAGGUUAUAACGACAGUUUCACUCUUAAAAGGGGAAAACAGACUCACUCUUUGUUUUCUGAUGGAUUUAAUUUUUUUUUUAUCCUUACGGGACUCCGUAGGGAAGCUGUCUGUAUUCGCAGGUUAAACAGUCGCAUGCCUUCACACCCGGACCUCAGUUUAUUGUAAUAAAUAAAUAAAUCAAACUGUAAAUCAUAAAUUGAAAGGUUGUUAUUUCCUUCUUUUUUUUCCUUCAUUAGAUAUUGAUUUCAUGUAAUGUUUUGUCUAAUGUUUUACAAAUCAAACAAUAAAUAACAACGUAUAAGAUUUAAAAA